AUGGUUGAUACACUGAUAAGAACAAUGGGCAAUGAUAAUGAUGAUUGGAAAGGUGCUGUUGAUAAAGGAGAAUUUGAUAAACGACUUGAACAUCAAGACCAAGAUCGUAAAGCUAAGCAAUUCACAUCGAACUUCGUUCAUGGUGUAGAAGUAUACCCGGGCAUUCAGAUUAAAAUGGGUCUACGCCGAACUGGAACUUAA